AUGACUCUGUAUACUCCUCCAGAUAAGAAUCAAAAAGAUAAAGGGGAUGCUGCAAAGAAUGUAGAUAGUUCGAAUGAACCUUUGAAAUUGUAUCCACGUCCCAGUCUUGGUCUCAAGAUGUGGGGCCCAUUAGUUCCUGCUUCGGAUAACAGGGUUGGUCUAUGGUCCUUAGUAGGUGCACAAACUUUAAUUGGUUUAUUUUUUUUAAGAAGAGGUUGGACCAUUCGUAAGAAUGUUAACAUGAGAAACCUAGCCACUGGUGUUUCUCCAGCUUUUAAGACUGACAUUUCAAAUAUCCCUACUUUGAAUCGAUUCUCUAAUGGGCCUGUGGCAACUGGAACUGCAACUACAAAACCAAGCAUUUUUGCUAGUAUACUGACUAGGUUUAUAAAACGUCAGCCAACUGGUAGUCGGUUUGGAGCAAGAUAUGGUUAUCAGAAUCAACAGUCUUGGCAAGGAUUUAGAAGUUUUGCUUCUUUGUUAUAUCUAUUCGUAGGUGCACUUGUUAUAUCGCAAUCAACUUUAGAAAUUAUGAGACUCGUUUUAUUAAAAUAUGAUCCAUGGUACGAUGAAGCAAAAAGUGCUCGCGAAAAGAAGUUCUUUAAUGAUAUCGUAAAAUACUAUCAUGAAGGUAUAGAUCCAACAAAAAUAAAAGUAAAGGAUGCAUCGAGCGGCACUGCUCUAUCGACAAAUAGUCCUCAAGUCAGACAAAGUGUUGCACUAGUUAGAGCACAAGCUGAAAAUGAAAGUAUAUUGACAAAAUGGUUUGGACCAGUUUACUUCAAACCAAUGUCUUUUAAUGAUUUUCUAGAUAAAUUGGAAUACAAUCUAGAUAUACAAGAUAAAAUUGACGAUAAGAAGAAGUCCAAACUAAUAUCGAAAUCUAUCCAAAGAAAAUUAAGACAUACUCCAGAUGAGUUGCAUAAUUUAAAAGUUAUCAAUGAAGAAAAUCGGAAAAAAACGUUACAAUUAUUGGAUUUAAAUAGAGGCAUUGGGGAAUCUGACCAUCAAGGUCAGAAAUCAGAGCACCCACCAAGAGGAAUUAUAAUGGAUGAUGCGCUAACAUCACCUGAAGAAGUUGACCUGGGAGAAAUGUGGUAUCUUUAUAAUCCCUGGAUGAACUUAGCAUUAGAUACAUCUUUAAGCAUAAAAUUUCUCCCAACCGUGGUGAUGGAUACUGACGAUAAAGAUUCAAAGUCUGACGGGAAUGACCAAAAAAACUAUUGA